AUGGUUGAUUUAAAUAAUCCAAUAUUUAAUGAGGAUUAUGAUGAUUUAAAUGAUAAUAUUGAGGUAGAAGAUGAGAAUAUGGAAGAAAAAGAAUAUAGUAACAUCGAGGAUAAUGUCACAUUAGUAUUGGAUGGUGUGUUAUAUUUUAAAAUCAUUGACCCAUACAAGGCGUCUUAUGGUGUAGAAGAUGCUGAAUACGCUAUUGCACAACUUGCUCAAACAACAAUGCGUGCAGAAAUUGGGCAAAUGACAUUGGAUAGGACAUUGGCGGAACGUGCACAUUUGAAUGCAAAUAUUGUUGACGCAAUUAAUAGUGCAGCAGAUGCAUGGGGUAUUCGUUGCCUAAGAUACGAAAUUCGUGAUAUUCAUCCACCUGCAAAAGUCGUAGAGUCUAUGCAUUCACAAGUUUCUGCAGAAAGAUCAAAAAGAGCAUCAAUUUUGGAAUCAGAAGGUCAAAGGCAGGCUGCUAUUAAUGUUGCUGAAGGUUCAAAACAAUCUGUUAUUCUGGCAUCAGAAGCUCAAAAAUCUGAACAGAUAAACAGAGCAAUUGGUGAGGCUGAGGCAAUUCUUCUUAGAGCAAAGGCUACCGCAGAAGGAAUUCGUCAGAUUUCAAAUGCUAUAAAUGAAAGUAGUCGUGGAACUGACGCUGUUACUUUGACUGUUGCAGAAAGAUACGUUGAUGCAUUUGCACAACUUGCAAAAAAAGGAAAUACAAUUAUAGUGCCCGCUUCUGCUGAGAUUAAUCCAUCAGCUAAUGAAUGA